GGGAGAGAGAGAGUGUGUGUCUAUUUCUGUUCUAAGUUCUAAACUCUCACCGGUAAACCCUAAAAACAAAUUCGAACCAGUUCAUUUUGUACUUCCGGUUAUUAUUCCUGCAAAUCGACCAAACUGAAGCUCGAAACUUCUCGUCUCCAAUCGUAAAAAGUCCUCCUCAAAUCUGCAGUUGAAGUUUUGAUACGCAAUCAUGGGCUCCGAUGCGGAUAUGGAGGAUUAUGGAUUUGAGUACUCGGACGAGGAGCCAGAAGAGCAGGAUGUUGACAUCGAGAACCAAUAUUACAAUUCCAAAGGUUUGGUUGAAACUGAUCCUGAAGGAGCACUUGCUGGUUUUGCUGAAGUUGUUCGCAUGGAACCAGAGAAGGCAGAGUGGGGAUUCAAGGCUUUAAAGCAAACUGUUAAGCUCUAUUAUCGGCUAGGGAGAUACAAAGAGAUGAUGGAAGCUUAUAGAGUGAUGUUGACAUAUAUUAAAUCAGCCGUAACACGAAAUUAUAGUGAAAAAUGUAUAAACAACAUCAUGGAUUUUGUUUCUGGAUCAGCUAGUCAGAACUUUGAUCUUCUGCAAGAGUUCUAUCAGACCACUCUGAAAGCCCUUGAAGAGGCAAAGAAUGAGAGAUUGUGGUUCAAAACAAAUCUUAAGCUUUGCAAGAUUUGGUUUGAUAUGGGUGAAUAUGCACGAAUGAAUAAGAUUUUGAAGGAGCUUCACAAAUCUUGUCGAAGAGAAGAUGGAACUGAUGAUCAGAAGAAAGGAACACAGCUUUUGGAGGUUUAUGCAAUUGAGAUUCAAAUGUACACCGAGACCAAGAACAAUAAAAAACUCAAGCAACUAUAUCAGAAAGCACUGUCAAUCAAAUCAGCAAUACCUCAUCCACGGAUCAUGGGGAUUAUUCAUGAAUGUGGUGGGAAAAUGCAUAUGGCAGAACGCCAAUGGGCAGAAGCAGCCACAGAUUUCUUUGAAGCCUUCAAGAACUAUGAUGAAGCUGGAAAUCAGCGACGCAUCCAAUGCUUGAAAUACUUGGUUCUGGCCAACAUGCUUAUGGAAUCUGAAGUUAACCCUUUUGAUGGACAGGAGGCAAAGCCGUACAAAAAUGAUCCUGAAAUUCUGGCUAUGACAAAUCUGAUAGCAGCUUAUCAACGGAAUGAAAUCUUGGAGUUUGAAAAGAUCCUUAAGAGUAAUAGAAGGACAAUAAUGGAUGAUCCUUUCAUCAGAAAUUAUAUUGAGGAUCUGUUGAAGAAUAUAAGAACCCAAGUGUUGCUUAAGCUGAUCAAACCUUAUACAAGAAUCCGGAUUCCUUUUAUAUCGAAGGAGCUCAAUGUGCCAGAGAAAGAUGUUGAGCAGUUGCUGGUUUCAUUAAUUUUGGAUAACCGUAUUCAAGGGCACAUCGAUCAAGUAAACCGACUCUUAGAGCGUGGUGACAGGUCCAAGGGGAUGAAAAAAUAUGCUGCCAUAGAGAAAUGGAACACACAACUUAGGUCCCUGUAUCAGACUGUCAGCAACCGAAUAGGAUAAGAUACAUAUUUAGGUGGUAUGUUUCCUCCUGUGUCGAAGGGCCCCAGUUUUGGAAUUCUGUGAUGUGGUUAAUUUGGAUUGAUCUUCCCUACGCUUCGACCAUUCCUUUACAUUCCAGUGGAGUUAGGCAAGCUGUGAAUAACAAGAGGGUUUUUGUUAUUGCAAGUGAACUUUGUAACAUGUACAUUUGAAUCUUUAUGUCUCUAUAUAUUGGUUUUGGGUGGUUGAUUGGAUUGGAAAGGUAUUGUGGUGGAAAAGAAAUGCUCAUUUGGUUCAAGUAAAGCUCGUGUGUAACGAAAUGGCUCAUUUGGUUUAUUUAUCGAUUUUUUUUGCCUUUUGUUUUCA